AAGCACAUUAGAAAAAAAUAUUAUUUUUUAAAUCUUUUUCGUGUUGUGUGAAUUGUAAUAACUUGUGUUGUUGUGAUCGAUUAGAAUUCAUUAAGUUUUAAAUAUAAAUCUGUGUGGAAUUUACUACUGUGGGUACAAUGAACUUCCAGGUAGACACUGACGCGUCCAGACUGUGUCGAGUUUGCGUGAAGAAUGCCGUGGGCAAAAAUAUGGAAUACAUCUACAAAUCGCCGGACCCGGUUCGGCCAAGUCUGCACACGAUGCUAAGUGCAAUCUGUGCAUCGGUAUUCGACAGUGAAGAAAUCCACGAACAGGUGGCAAGGGAAUCAUUUGGAAUGCCCAAGGUCGUAUGCUUUAAUUGUAAGCUAAAAAUUUUAGCAGCAUAUGAACUACAUGAGACUUGCAUCGAAAGCGAUCGCAAGCUAUGGGAGAUGAUUAUUAUUCAGCGAGAAUUGAUGGAAGACGACGUUGCAAUUCCAUGUCCCGAAACGGCUGAAGAUAAACCUCAAACUGAGGACGGCGGUACCUCUGGAUCGACUGAAUCAACCAAAGUAGAUCCAACCAACGACUAUCUGAAAGUAACGGGAAGAAUCUACCCCAUCGGUGCCCCAAUUCGAAAAUGCGAACUGUGUGAUGCCACCUUCAAGACGAAAAAGACAAUCCAAAAGCAUAUGAAAACCAAUCAUGCAAAUUCGAUCAAACCCUGCCAGGAAUGCGACGACGUAUUUUUCAGCUAUAACCAACUGGAAGAUCAUCGACUGUUCCAUCGGACGGGUAAAAAGCACUCGUGUGAAGUAUGCAAGAAGCGGUUUUCGACUUCUACGGGUCUCCGGCUUCAUGCCCGUAACCAUGUCAAUUAUACCCCGUUCAAGUGCGAUCAGUGCGAUCAAACAUUUCCAUGUUCCGCUGCGUUACAGGUGCAUGUGGUAAAGCAUACCGGUCAGCGCAAUGUGAUCUGCGAACAGUGUCCGAUGCGAUUCUACUCGAAGAGCAGCCUGAAAAAGCACAUGCAGACACACACCAGGGAGCGGAAUUUUGCCUGCGAUAUCUGUGGGUCGCGGUUUACUUCGCAAUACUCGUUAGUUAGUCACACGGCAAAGCACACGGGAGAGCGUCCAUAUGGUUGUACUGAAUGUUCCAUGAGGUUCUUCGGAUCCGGCCAUCUGAAGCGGCACAUGCGAACCCACACUGGCGAAAAACCGUACAAGUGCAACUAUUGCGACCGUGCCUUUGCUCAGAGUAACGAUCUGGUUAAACACAGCCGGAACCAUCUGGGUGAUAAGCCAUACAAGUGCGAGCUUUGCAAGGAUUCAUUUAGGUUGUUAACGGAUCUUCGCAAUCACUACAAGGUGCACUUUAAACCGGGCAACCGGGGUGCAAACGAGCUCCUGGACAAGCUGAAUGAAAAAUACGCCAAGGCGAAAGUUAUGAAUCAUUUCACCAUUGUUAAUGCUCUGGGCAGACGAUUCGAAGAGGAAAAACAGCAGCAGCAGCAAAAUCAGGGCGAGUGCGAGGAUAAGGUUGAGGGUGAUACUAAUGAAGAGGGCGAACCAGAUGCGGAAAUGGAAGAUGGAGAGAAGAAAGAAGAAGCAGAAGAAGGCGAGCAAAAGGAACAGGAUAAGAUAGCUGAUGGGCAGAAGAAAGAAGAAGCAGAAGAAGACGAUCAAAAAGAACAGGAUAAGAUAGCUGAUGGAAAAGAAGGUGACUGUUAAAAGUAUUUGUUUUUCAGUGUUUGUCGU